CUUGAUCAUAAACUGUUUCCCAAUUUUCAUUUUGUAAUGCCCGUUGGAAAUAUGCUAUGUUCUCAUCAUUGAUAUCCCUAAAUGUUCUUACAUGGUCCCUUUUCUUUAUCACCUGUAAAUUUUCAAGUCAAUUUUCAAUUGUCCACCAGGGUCUGAAAACCUGUUUAUUGCAGAAUGGGUUUGAAAUUUAUUGAAGACAUUCUUAUCUAGGAAGAAAUGAUCUAUGAGUGUGACAGAAGUGGGACCUAUUCUAGUCGGACAGUUGAAUUUAUGUUACAUUUCAGGUUCUUAGAGGGGUGACUAUGAGGAGUACCAUCUGGGUUGUAAUGUUGUGUACUUCAGUAAGAGUCCACUGGCAGUUUGCAGGAAGCAAGUAAGCAGCAGCCAACUUCAUUCAAGUUUCUUGUCUGGGAUACUGCUCGAAACUGAAAAUGGAGGCCAUAUUUUCCUCUGAAACACAGGUGGACCCCUCCCGAACUACAAUGCGUUGCAGCCCAGAAUAUGGUAUUAUCCUUAUGAGCUCUGUGUAUGGGAGUAUGUCGUAUAUCAGGGUUGGCCAUAUUUCCCGUCAAGAUGUACCACGGCCAACUCUAUUGAGGUGUGAAGUAAUGUUCGGUAGUGUCUAUAAAUAACAUAACUUUCUCCUUGAAAAUGUUGUCUUCAGGCACUAUUACAUUCAGAGGGUGAAUCGGAAGCUGUGUAAUGAGUUUAAAAGAAAUUAAUUAAGUUUCGUUUAAUGACUGUUGCAGUGUUCAUUUGCGCAUGCGCAACACCAAUGCAUUAUGGUAACUGUUCAUUCAGAAAUGCAUGGGUCAACAAGUUAAUGGCCUCAAAUGAUUUGAAGAUCUUCAAAGGCUGUAGUGGAACAGUAGAAGAACGUAAACGUUUCCACUAUGUGUAUUACAGAACACAUUCCGAUGUAAAUUACUGACGACAAAAAGUUCAAGGGGAAAAUGUGCAAUAUUCUCUUACAAAAUGGAACAGAACUAAUUAGGCCAGAACCAAGGGAAUCAAUGCAUACAGCCUAAGUGUACACUAAGAAUGUCUGGAGGCACAGAAAACAACCGAUACAUUGUACAAGUGUUUGUGGGCGCACUGUCACAGCAUUAUGAAGCACUCUCAGUUGAAGCAAGUAAACAGACAACUUCGGACGAGAUUGUGUCAUGCAUUGUGGAACGACUGUCAUUGGCAGAUAGUCCAGGUGGCAGUUAUGAAUUGGCUGAGGUGAUAGGAGACUCAGUAGGUCAAGAAUGUAAAGAACGACGUCUGGGUCCCACAGAAAGUCCUGUGGCUCUCAUGUUGCUGUGGCCAAAGCUAUUACACUCACAGCAAGAAUACUAUAGGUUUUAUCUUCGUGAGAAACUGAGUGACUCUCUGUGGACUGAUAGUUUCACGAUGGAUCCACAACUCAUCCGGGAUUACUUCUAUAGAUUCCUUUACCAGCCCAAAGACCGGGAAUAUCCUGACUUAUGUCAGUUGCCAGAUCUUAAUGAAGUAGUUUUGCUGGACAAUCUUCGAGCACGCUUUAUUGCUGGUCACAUUUAUACAUAUGUAGGCUCGAUACUUAUUGCUGUCAACCCAUUCAAGUUUCAUCCAAUAUACAACCCAAAGUAUGUAAAGUUAUACCAGAAUCGAAGGUUAGGGCCAGAACUUCCUCCACACAUCUUUGCUGUCGCGGAUGCUGCUUAUCACUGUAUGCUAAAGGAAAGGCGAAACCAGUGCAUAGUAAUCAGUGGUGAGAGUGGAAGUGGGAAGACGGAGAGCACCAACUUUCUCCUGCACCACCUGACUGCUCUGAGUCAGAAAGGGAGCCAUGGCAGCGGAGUGGAGCAAACCAUACUAAGUGCUGGACCUGUGCUGGAGGCCUUUGGAAAUGCAAAAACGGCACAUAACAAUAAUUCAAGCAGAUUUGGGAAGUUCAUCCAGGUGAACUACAAAGAGAAUGGCAUGGUUCAUGGUGCUGUUGUUCAAAAAUAUCUUCUAGAGAAGUCACGCAUAUGCUCACAAGGACGCAAUGAACGGAACUAUCAUGUAUUUUACUACUUGCUGGCAGGAGCAUCCGAUUCAGAGAAGAACUUACUUCAUCUGCAGAAGACUGAGGACUACAGCUAUCUCAGCAAGAGUGGUUGCUACAUCCUGGACAAUGUUGAUGAAAACUACGAGUUCUCGCGAUUGAAACAGUCAAUGGAAAUGGUGGGAUUCACUCCGGAGAAGCAACGGCGACUGUUUGCUGUUUUGUCAGCUGUUUUACUUCUGGGAAAUGUGGAAUUUCAGCCUCGCAAAUUGACGUACCAUCAUGAUGAGGCGGUGGGUGUACGAAAUCCUGAGGUAGUCCUCCUCAUCUCAGAAUUACUACGGGUCAAGCAGGAGACACUUCUUCAAGCUCUUACAGCAAAGAGGGCCAGAGCAUCUGGAGAGACCCUUGUGAUCAACUACAGACUGCCUGAAGCUAUAGCUGCUCGUGAUGCUAUGGCAAAGUGUCUGUAUGGAGCCCUGUUUGAUUGGAUUGUCCUUCAAGUGAACCAUGCUCUCCUGUCCAAGAAGGAUACACUUCGAGAUCAUCAGGGAAACUCAAUAGGAGUCCUUGAUAUCUUUGGCUUUGAGGAUUUUGGCUUAUGCAACAGCUUUGAGCAGUUUUGUAUCAACUAUGCUAAUGAGCAUCUGCAGUAUUAUUUCAAUCAGCAUGUUUUUAAGUAUGAACAAGAAGAAUAUCGUAAGGAAGGUAUCCGCUGGACAGACAUUGAGUUCAUGGAUAAUACAGCCUGCCUCCAGCUGAUAGAAGGGAAACCCAAUGGCCUUCUGUGCAUGUUGGAUGACCAAUGCAACUGGCAAGAUUGGCAAAGUUUUCCUGGAGCAACAAAUGAAACUCUACUUCAGAAAUUCAACUCAGUCCACAAGGAAAAUAACUUUUAUGAAAUUCCACAAAGGAGAGAAGCAGCAUUUAUUGUCAGGCAUUAUGCCGGCAAAGUCAAGUAUCAGGUAACAGAAAUGAGGGAGAAAAACUUGGACUUGAUGCGUCAAGAUAUUGUUGGUGUUUUAAAAAACAGUAGUAUGGCUUUCGUGAGAGAAUUGGUUGGUGCAGAUCCUGUAGCCGUGUUCCGCUGGGCCAUUGUCCGAGCUUUCUUCCGAGGUUAUUUUGCUUUUCAUGAAGCUGGCAGAAGGCACAGGCAAUACAGAGAUGGCAAUAAACCAAGUGCAAUACAGAGCCGUUACAGAAACCACACACCAAAUGAGAAUUUGAUCAGCUUCUCACCUAAACAUAACAGCAAUAUUAGUGGAUCUUCUCGAUCGUCAUAUGGUUAUCAGAAACAACGAAAUAUAAAUAGCAAUGAAUCUCAGGUUGGAUUACAAUCAGAUCCAAAUAGCAACCAUAAUCGAUUAUCGUGGCCACAAUUUCGUAACACCAGUACAUCGAGUCCUCAACAACGAAAUGAGAGGGAGUUCUCCAUUAUCAGGGAAGCUCCACCUUCACCAGUAUGUGAUAAUAUGUCACCAAUGAUUAGCUUAGCAACAGGUGUUCAGCAAUCUACACGGGCCAGAAGAGAUUCUAUGAAUCGACAGCAAGGAGCUCUGGAGAGGGUACUGUGUCCAGAUGAAGCCAAAGUGUUGGAACGAGCAAAUCAGAUUGUCAUGAAAAAUAAAUCCUUUCGACCAAGAGAGCGAGGCAAGAAGGGUUUGAAGAACUUGCAAACUGUGAAGACAUUGGCAGGACGAACGCAGAGUUAUGGUUGUAGCAAUCAGCAACUUGGGAAGGCAAGAAAGCAGCCUCUCACAGUUACUGCGCAGUUUCAGCAGUCACUGCAUAGCCUUAUGGAUACGCUUAACCAGGCCAAUCCAUUUUUCAUACGGUGCAUAAAGAGUAACAGUCAUAAGAUUCCUAACAAAUUUGAUGAUGACACAGUUCAGCGCCAGUUGCGUUAUACGGGUAUGCUUGAGACAGUGAGAAUUCGACAAGCUGGUUACAAUGUUCGACUGACGUAUGAUGAGUUCAUUCAGUUGUAUAGAAUCCUGUUACCCAAAGGACUUGUUAGUUCCCAAGCAGAUGUACGUGACUUCCUUUUCACAUUGAAUCUGAAUCGUGACAACUACCAACUUGGUACCAGCAAAAUUUUCUUGAGAGAGUCUGAGAAGGUAAAGCUGGACUACAGGUUGCAUCAGCAGAUUAUGGCUAGUAUUGUUGCAAUUCAACGUUGGACUCGAGCUGUGCUGGAACGACGAAGGUUCCUCCGACUACGAGAAGCUGUGAUCCUCAUUCAGUCUCAGUGGCGCAUGGUGAUGGCACAACGGUUAUUAAACCAGACACGAAUACGGCUAGCUGCGGCAUUACAGAUUCAAAGAGCAUGGCGCUCACACAAGGCAAGUGCCUGGUACCGGAAAUUGAGAUCCGGUAUUGUGGUGUUCCAGGCACACAUCAGAGGCUGUCUGGCAAGGAGAAGAUUCAGGGAGGCCAAACAGGCCAGAGAGGAAGAGGCUCGACACCAGGUGAGCAAUGUGGAUGCCCAUUCAGCCCAGAGCACUGAUGAAGCUUUCCUUUCAAAGGAGUCAAGUCAAGAGGAACUGGAUGAGCGGCUAGAAGCAGAAGACAGAGAAUUAGAGGAUUCAGAGGAGAGCAGUGGUAUUCAGGAAGACAGUGAAUCAGAACCCAUUCUUCCUGAGUCCACUUCUUCAGCUGGACCAGUAGACACUGUCAGCAGACCUUCAAGAUCAAGUGCACUCUUAUCUGCAUCUUCUACAGAUAAGAAAGUAUUUAGGAUGAAUGAGCCAAGUAAACAACCCCUUGGACUUGAAGUUACAUAUUCAAAAAAGAAGAUUUCUGUGAAGAGAAGUAAGGGAGUAAAGACUGAAGCUAAAGAUAGCCAUAAAACGUAUCAGGAAGAGAAAAUGAGUGGAAAAUUUUCCACAUCUGCUGCAGCAGAAUCAGGAAUUGGAGGUGCAUUGUCUGUGACAGAGAGGAAGGGAAGCAGUGAUUCAUUAACAUCCCAAAAGAGCAUAGAAUCUCAGCGAAGUAGUGACUCCCAGUCAAGUGCCCCUGUUCGUGACACACUACAUAAAGCAAAGAGACAGAUACAAGCUCUCAUUGGUGUAGGUAAGAAGUCUGACAAAUGGGAUGGUGGUACUGCACCUCAGGUACAUAGUGAUGGAGAAGUCGAUGAGACCAUUCCCACCACCACUAGGUCAGCGCCUACAAUCAUCUCCUCAGCACCUAGUAAUGAGUCAUUUUCAGGCAGUGAUCACAAAUCAGUGCACAGUGUGUGGAGGAAACGUCCAGACUUGACAUUUGAUUUGAGUGAUGGAAGUUCUCUCAGAAAAUCUGUAGCAACAGACUUAACAGAUGCAUCUCAUGAUUCCAGAUUAAGUAGCACUUUAAGCUCAGAAAUGUGCAUUGUAGCUCCCCCUGUCAGGCGAGAAUCAAAAUUAAGCCGUCAAGAGGCUGCAUCUGCUUUCUUGUUUGCGGAACAAAGGAGCAGGACUCCUCUUAAGACCAGUGUAAGCCAUGACGAGCGACAUUCUCUGCGUAAUCCAGACCCUGAGAUUCCUGUGAGGAUGACGCGGAGGCAGAGAGCUCCUCGAGAGGUAGUGUGCCGUAGUGUUGGUGAAGAGUUAACAGACACCUCCAAUGUUGAUCCUACUGGUAAUCCUCUCUUUCUUGGGACCAUCCGAGAAUCAAACAUUUCUUCAGAUGGAAGCUCAGCUGGAGAGAACCGAACGAUAUGGGCAUCAAGGAAAGAACCACGGUCGAGUGAUGGCAGUGAGAGUUCAUAUGCUAGUCGCCUGUCAUCUUCACAAGAAGCAGAAUGGUCACCGGAUAUGGAUACUUCAGCAUAUACAAAGUCGGGGCUUCAGAUCCAUUCAGUAGCGACUAAGAGGAGUAGAAGUGGUGCAAUAACAUCGUUGGAGUUGAAGCGAAGGAACAGUGAUCCAGCCACAAAGUGUGGAACCUUGAUCACAGGCCAGCCUGCUGGAGCAGAUACUCCUGCCAAAGUGUCAGAUGUUUUGGAAUGGAAAGGAAACACCAUGUUCACAAUUGCAGGCCACAGGUUCAGAAAAGUGGCAAGGUUUUCCAAGGAAGAUAGAUGCGUCUCCUGUGAUAAAUCAAUGGAUGCCUUUGUUACACAAGGACAUAAGUGUUCUGACUGCAAGCAAUUAUUCCAUACAAAAUGUAUCCAAAAUGGAGGUGUUUUACGGAUACCAUGUCAGCAGCAGCAAUCAUCACACUCAGUUCGUAGGAAUAAACGUAAGACUUCACGGACACAACAUGAUAUGGUGAAACCUGCAUCAGGUAGCAAGUUCAAUCUCACUGGAACCUCCGAGUUUACAGACAGCACAGACAAGAUAAUAUCUGAUGCUACUGAGUUACAGCUUAUGCAAGACUUCAUCACACAAAAGAUCUACAAAAUUGAGAGUGAGGAGGUAAAGAAACCUAGUGAAGUGGAUCGAGUGUUUAAACAGGCACUGAGAGAGUUCAAGGACAAUCUUGUAGCGACAUACAGUGUGAUGAACAAGCAAGGUGCUGAAGGGCUAAACAUAAAAUACAAGGAUCUCAUUGCAAACUUUUUACAUGUGAUGGAAACAGUGUGUAACCAGGAGCAGACUCGGGAAGAUUUUCCUGUUACUAUGGGUGUUAAUGCUUUCCGAGGCUUCAUGAAUGAAUUCAUGAAUCUGAAUCGCCUUGAGGAGAAACCAAACAAGGCAAAGCGAAAGAAAGAAAAGAAGCGCAAGGUUGAGGAUCCAAUAGCAUAUGCAGGUCACACUUUUCUCCUGACAAUUAUCAACAUCCCAACAGCAUGUGAAAUUUGCACAUCUUUCUUCAUGUGGCCUAUAGAACGAGGCCUUGUGUGUCAGAAUUGCAAGUUAACAUGUCAUAAAAAGUGCUACUCAAAGGUCACAGUUACAUGUGGGAAAGAUGGAAUGGGAGGUUCUAACCAGGAAGGAUCACGUGUGUUUGGUGUUCCUCUACACCAGUUGGCUGUUGGUGAUGGCAAGGUGCCGAUUGUUGUGGACAGGCUCAUUACUACAAUAGAAAUGUAUGGCCUCUACACCGAGGGAAUUUACAGAAAGUCAGGAGUAAGCUCCAAAGUAAAGGAACUGAAAUCUCGAAUGGAAGAAGGGAGUAUAGAAGGGGUAAAUUUUCAGAACUAUCAGGUUCAUGUACUGGCUGCCGUCCUGAAGAGCUUCUUUCGUGAGAUGCCUGAACCUCUUCUAACAUUUGACAGUUACGAAGACUUCCUCAGAGCAGCAAAUCUCACAGAUCCUCAAGAUAGGGUCUCUACACUGUUUACUAUUCUCAAAAAACUUCCCAAACCUAAUUUUGAUCUUAUGGAGAGGCUGAUCUUUCAUCUAGCCAGGGUGGCGUUACAUGAGGAAGCUAAUCGCAUGAAUGCAAGCGCACUGGCCAUUGUGUUUGCACCAUGCAUUUUGAGGACCAACAAGAUUGUACCAGCCCAGGAUUCUUUGCAUGACAUUGGCCGACAAACACAGUGCAUUGAAACCAUUGUGGCAGAACAGCUUCGUAAGGUUCGAUCCACUCUCGCUGAUAUUGACACACUGGACACAGCAUGUCACACUGCUACUCACAGGCUCUCUUCAUUACGUAGCUCCAAGAUAUUUAGCCCAGAGGAGCUUCUGCCUGCUGACAUCUCGAACAGUGAUCCAAAGCCGACGUUAUUGAAUCCAGAUGAUGAAGAGGCACUAUUAAUGGGUCACAUUCAGGAGAUUCAGAAAGAGAAAGCUCUCUUGACAUCAGCGUUGCCAAGUCUCACAAGGACGACUUCCGAUGAUGACCUUUUGUCAACUGAUAUGGAUGAUGGAAGUUUAGAUGACGUGAUAGGUCGACUGGAGGAAGGGGAGCAUGAACGACACCAUGGUCGCAGGGUUCGGGGAACACCAGUGCCAAAAUCGCUAGUGUCUCGCUCUAUGUCUGGUGGAGAUGGUGAAGCUAGUGGUGAAGAUGUUAGUAGCAAGUUGUUGCAGCAUUCCAGUGGCCCAGUUCGGCUCAAAAGGCAGUCCUCGUCUGACAACAGUAUAGUGUCUCUGUAUCCACCAGUUGAAGUGGACUGUGAUGAAGACCCAAUCAUGGUCUGAAAGCUUCCUUCAUUUUUUCAUCCAGUAGUCCCAGCCCCUCUUCCAAAAUUUUGAUAGAUAUGCCAGGGCCACAAUAGGUAAACUAACCUUCAGUAACUUAUUUUUAUUAUUUAAGUCUUUGCCACUUUGUUGGUAGAAACAACAUAGUCACUCUUGGUGGGAAUUACAUGGCUGUCAUUGUUAAGGGCAGUUACUGAGUUCAAGUUGGUUGUACAUGUGGAUUCCAUAUAGUGUCUUUGUUUCUGUGUUCGAUGGGUUUUUGAGUGAUGAGAUAGUGUGUUCUAGUGCUUUAGACUUGUUUAACGACUUCACGUGAUUAAGAUGGCUUUCCACAAAUACAUAACCUGUUCACACUAGUCAACAUACACAUAUAUGGUAGGGAUAACUGGAUGAGUCUUAAGAGAUCAUGUGGUAUUUUUGUGGUGUCUGUAAAGAAGAUAAUUACAAGAUGUAGUUACAUGGUAGUUCAUGGCAUGGUGAUCGAUUGCUAAUUGGGUGUCCUUACUGUACAUGUUGUUUUAAAAUAGAUUUGCUACUAGUGUUACAGCCUAUAAACCAUCAUUCUGCUAGACAAAGAAAAUUUACAAGAACCCCCUAAUUUCUUUUGGCAGGCCUUACUGAAAUUCAGAAUGUUUAAUAAAGGUCCAUGUACUCGUAUCUUGUCUUGCAGGUACUGUACUGUAUCCUCCUAGCAUUUAUGUAUAUGUUAGUUUCUUUGAGAAUUGAAGUGCAUUUUGGUAAUUUAUCUGUGAUAAACUUCAGUUCUUGAAGAAUUCUCUCUUUUCUAUCUGGAAGUAGAUAUGCAGUACCUCUGUGACUCUUAUUAAGAGCAUCCGUUAUUCUUAAUAUAACAGUUAGUCUCUUUGCAUUUUAAUAGUAACACAUGUUUGAUUGUGCAAAUGACAAAUUGUAUUGUAUAAAGGUAUGUGACUUAUGCCUCAAGUAGCAGGUUUCAUCCUGUCAAACUGUUCUUGAAGAAUAGAAUUGUUGCGUGUUAAUCCACGCUUUAAUGUCAAUUGUUUCUUUCACCAGAGAAAAAAUGUUUUUACUGUACUUGUGUUAACAUAAAUAUGCGAGGAGAGUUUCCCAUAUAGUCCGUAGAGAGACAUGUUGUAAGGAGUUCAGUAUAACACAUCAACUUACAUAUCUGAUUAAAAUGUCAUAAAUAUUUUUACAGGAGAAACACUCAUAAGUUCCCUGUGGACACAUCUGUGUCUGUGUGUGUUGUGAGGUACCCAGUAGAACUCCUCUGCAUUAUUUUGUCCUCUAAAUUUAUUGACUAGUUGUUGCCUGUGAGUUAAAUUACUUCUCAUUACAUGGCUAUGUGACUCAGCAGGUUAUCAGGUCCAGAAUCAGAGUUGACAAAUUAUCUAGAAAGGUGGAAGAUUAAUUACAAUAUCAGUUUCUUGAAUCUUUACAAAAAUUGUACAGAUGAGGUAAAUAAGAUGUUAAAUUUCAAAUAAAAAGAUGAAAAGUAGGUCCAGAUAUUGUAACUGGAACCACUUCAUUGUUUUUCCGUUUUGUGGUGGUUUCACUUUGUUUAUUCUGCACUUUCAUUAUUGGCUUCUUGGUGCUAUGGGAUCUAGUUAUGUGUGUGUUCUAUUGAAUGGAGAUGCAGGGUGAAUGGGGCUGGAAAAUUGAGAUUACAAAUACACAUGGAGUAUACUUUUAAGAUUCACUAUCUUUCGAAAGAAUACUUUUACCUGAACCAGUUGCGUAGUGGGUGUAUGGUACUGACUGUGCUGCUGGUAUUGUAAUUAUUAUGAUAUUGAAAUGAAAGCUUUACCAAAACAAGUUGCGAAUGCUUGAAAGAUAGUGUGUAGUUACGUAAUAAGUAAUUUUUGUUGAUACAUAACAUGCAGUAGAGACUGUUAACUUUGAAAUAUAACGUCCAUUUCCUGGUGUUGCUUUUUAACUGGAAUUAAUAGACAACUGUGGUAAUGUUCUUAUUUUGUAUGUAUACAAAUCUUUUUAUGAAAGAACAAUUAUCUCUGCAUUGAAAUACAUGGAUAUGCAUAUUCUGUGUUGUUAUAAAAUACGGAAUGAGUGACUUGUUAUUGUAUUUAAUGUAAGAUGCUAAAAAAUUGAAAUGUUUUCAUGUUAUUCCUGUGGGAACUUUUCCCUGUUACUAAAUGGAAAAAAGUUUAUUAAUAAGUGUUGUGAAAUUCCAUUGGAGUUUAUUUCUCCUUUCAAAGAAGUCUGUAGGCAUAUCUGUCUCAUUGGAAGUAAGUUAUAGAAUAUAUUCAUCUACAUUAUAUCAUUUUAAAUUUUGUAGUACACUUAGAAUAUGUUGCAUUUUCUGUGGGUCACAGCUCCUUUACCAGAAUUCUAAAGUAAUGUAGUAGUGGUACAGUAAUACUCAUCCACUACAGUUAAAUUGUAGUCCUUGAUUUUCCUAGUUCUGUAAUUGGUAAAGCUGAUGGUGAGCAGAGACUAGAUAUCAAGUUACGGGGUAUAAUACGAGAAUACAUAUUUGUCCUUCCUCUCCUUUUCUUCCCUCUCGCUCUCUCCCUCUCUUCCUCCCUUCCCCUCUCUCGCUCACUUUAAUGGGUGCCUGUGCUGGCAGGUGAUGUUGCAUUUGCAGUUCCCAGACAUGGCAUUGUAAGACGUUUUAUUGAUUUGCUAUGCGUCACUCUUCAUGUUUGCCCGAAACGUGCAUACACAUUUUUUGCAUUUCAAGGCACAUUGUAUUCAUUGCCAUCAACCAUGGACCAUAUGAUUUUCUAAGUUAAGCAAGAAUGUUGAAGUUUUAAUUCUGGGUUAGUCUGUUUCUUAAUUGUUAGCAUUUCACUAGAACCCUUUUGUUAAGUGUCAUCAUUUUACUUCUCAGUGUUCUCAAAUAUUGUUUACUAACUAUAAUAAAUAUUGAGAUUGUAAUUUCUGCUUUGCUGUUGUAUCACUAUAAUUUUUUUGUGAUACUGUUUUCUUUUUUACACUAUUGUCAUUUGAUGAGGCUUCCACUAGAAUUCAAAGCAUUGCUUUUCUUUGUAAUUUGCCGUAUAGAAGGAGCCAUGCUUAUGUUUCACUGGGUGUUGUCAGUAAGUUGGAAGCAGUGUAUACUUUGGCAAGUCAUUGCUCUUAUAUGAUGCACUGUAGAACAUUCAGGUGGCUGGUUUUGCAGUGAUCCUAUUAAUGUGGCAUGUUGCCAGUGCAUAGUGACUGUUCUGUGCUGUGCAGUAUCAUACUCAUAUGCCUUCCUUAAGGUUCUGAAGGAACUUCUUGCUGUGUAAGAGCAGAUGUUGCAGUCUGUUAAGUACAGAAAAUGUAACAGUUCCUAAAACUCUAAUAAGGGGAAAUCAAGGAUUGAAGGUGUAUCGUCUUUGUGUCUAGUCUUAUUUUCAUACACAAAAAUAUUUUUCAGAGUGUAAACAGGAGGCAAUCUACUGACUCAGAUUUCGUUUACUUCUUAAUUGCUGUAGCAUAUGAUCCCUCCUGUUACUUUGGACCAAAUGUUUGUGAAGUGAUGUAUUUUUCACAAUAUUAGGUAGAUCAUAAAAUUCUCAUAAUAAAAAGUUCGUGUUUGCUUUUACAUGAUGAGAAACUUCUUCAGAAUCUUGAUAAAAGUCUGUUGUGAGCUCUGUGUUCUUUGGAAUGUACGUGUGAGAAUUGUGAGCGUGUGUCUUGAGUGUGCAUGUAUCCGAAAUAUAAAUGUAAUGCAGAAGUGGAAAUAAUUUUAUAUCUAUUUGUAAGAAAAAUGUACAGACUUAUAAACAUACAUUAUAAUUAUAAACCCAUGCUAUAGAUACUUAAUAUUAUUGUUCAUUCUUA